UAUUAGGGAUCAACACUGCAUUGUUUGUGUGGUCAUGUGACAUCAGGCUGUUGCUGCUAACCUGAGUCUUCACCCUGAGUCUGUUUGCUAUAUUUACUUUGCUGUCUAAACUUCUGACCUUGCCUGCAGUUAAAAUUGUAACCACACAAACCCGUGUCUGAAGCUGGACAGAGACGUUUCAGUUCCUCCUGCUCUUCUCCUCUUUGUGUAAUAACCUCCACUGGCGCUGUGCCUUCGGUUUCACUGGAAUCUCAAGGAGACAAGAGAGAUGGACGCAGGCAGGGGGCGAACGUUUCACAAUGUUCAUUCCACAGUCCAAGUCUAACGGAGUGACCUCCCAGCUUUACAAUGUGCAUCUGUGUGUUCCUGAGCUCUGCAAACACCGAGCGGCUCCCUGCAUUCAUCAGAGUCCCCACAAAUCAAGCUCAUCCUCGGCUGCAUGACUUGGCACACGACCUGUCAUUGUGCCACACCGAUUCCAUUCUAAAUCAGGAACAUGACAGGGACGAUGAGCUGUUGGACGCCGUGCAUGCGAGAGACAUGUUUUGACAGCUCUCUGUUGCUAAGUUCUCUGACGGGGGGGGGGAUGUUGCACCAUCAUGGAAAAAUCUGGCUCGUGAUAUGUGGCGAGUCACAAUUCACGGUUUCCAGGCUGGACAGGCUCUGGGUAUCACUCCUAACACCUUGCUUUAAAGAGAGGAGCGCGCGGUGGAGCUGGAAUGUGGCGUGAGAGCGCAAGUCUGUGGUGGUGAUGACGGAGCAGCAGGGAACUCGACGCAGUCAGGAAACGUUCUGUGGUCGUGAAGGCACAAAGGGUUUCUUCAGGAGGACCAUCAGGUUGAAGCUGGAGUACGACAAGUGUGAACGGAACUGCAAAAUCCUGAAGAAGAACCGCAACAAGUGCCAGUACUGCCGGUUCCACAAGUGCCUCUCUGUGGGAAUGUCCCACAACGCCAUUCGGUUUGGUCGGAUGCCACAGGCGGAGAAGCUGAAACUCAAGGCGGAAAGCAAUAUGGUGGAGAAGGAAGCGGAAAGCCCCAUGCUGGCAGACCACAAGAUUCUGGUCAGGCAGAUUCAUGACGCCUACAUGAAGAACUUCAACAUGAGCAAGGCGAAGGCGAAGCUCAUACUCACCGGAAAAACCAGCAAACCGCCGUUCAUCAUCCACGACAUGGAGACGUUCCAGCUGGCCGAGAGGACGUUAGCUGCCCACAUGGUAAACGGUGACCAAGCCGAGCCCGAGUGCGGCCUUCAGUCUCGGGAUGUGGCUCUGGACGCAGAGUGCGGGGAGCUCGAGCAGAGGGAGGCCGAAGCGAGGCUCUUCUACUGCUGCCAGAGCACGUCGGUGGAGACGGUGACGGAGCUGACAGAGUUCGCGAAGGCCGUGCCGGGUUUCCAGAGCCUGGAUCUGAACGAUCAGGUGACCCUAUUGAAGUACGGCGUUUACGAGGCACUCUUCACCCUCCUGGCCUCCUGCAUGAACAAAGAUGGCCUCCUGGUGGCACGUGGCGGCGGUUUCAUCACACGUGAGUUCCUCAAAAGCCUCCGUCGUCCUUUUAGCGACAUGAUGGAGCCCAAGUUCCAGUUCGCCACGCGCUUCAACUCUCUGGAGCUGGACGACAGCGACCUGGCCCUUUUCGUGGCCGCCAUCAUCUGCUGCGGAGACCGUCCAGGCCUGGUGGAUGUACCUCUGGUGGAGCAGCUGCAGGAAAGCAUUGUCCAGGCGCUGCAGCUCCACCUGCUGGCCAACCACCCUGACAACACCUUCCUCUUCCCCAGACUUCUGCAGAAACUGGCCGACCUGCGGGAGCUGGUCACCGAGCACGCUCAGCUGGUGCAGGAAAUCAAGACGACUGAGGACGCUGCACUGCACCCGCUCCUGCAGGAGAUAUACCGGGACAUGUACUGAAGUGUGCACACAGUCAGGAAACCGGGACGUGUAUUAAAAUGUUGAUUAACUUGGUGUAGAUACAGUGAACAUUAACCAAUACUAUCAUGCAUAUCAAUGUACUGUAAGUAACUCAUUGUGCAGCUUCCAUGGACGUGCACUGCUGUGACCGUGUGACUCUGAGGAACAAAACUAGAGUGAAGUUCUUUUCAGGGGGAACGGCGGCUCCUGAAGGGGACCUGAGCGCUGCUGUGAAAGGGGACACAGUGGGGAACGUACUCUCUGAACUCAGAAACCAUAGAUGUGGUGAGAUAUGUUGAUUUGAGCUAAAAGAAACCCUUUGCUGUGCUCACUUUUACCUAAAUGACAGGAGUACAGAGCAAAUGCUAAAUGGGGAGGAUGUAGAAAUGUGCACAUGUAGUAAAGAGACUGCCACAGUCAUGCAUGCACUGAUGCUAAAUACUAAAUGUGCCUUUAAACAUUAAGAUGGAUGUUUUACAGCCAGUGUUAGUAGUGCAGAAGCAGCUAAAACUGUAAAUCGUAGUAUUUUGGAUUAUCAGGGUGAUUUGUUAAUUCAAAGGCCAUUUGAAUGUGUCCAUCGUGUUCUUUUAUUAUCAUCUAGUGCCUUAUCAGCCAAAUUUCCCUUAACUAUCUGGAACACAAAAGAGUCCUUGAAAAACAUGGUUUGGAUCUUUUCUCAAACUAUUUAAUGUUGGACCAAGAAAUGUUCUCACAUACUAUGAAAAUAGUUUCUCACAUACUAUGAAAAUCAACUAUCAUUUGAAAUGUAUUGUGUUUUUAUGGUUGAUCUAUUUAUUUAAUCCUGCUGCUAACACCAGCACAACAUGAUAACUCACUUUAAACCCAUUUUUCGGAUCACUGUUUCCAUGUGCAAAAUAUUCUCUGCCUUUAAGUCACUGUUUUGAAAAAACUGUUUUGGCCUGUAUUUCAUGUUUUGACCAUAAACACAAUAAUCUGUUGAGCUGGUUUGGGUUUUAUUUUGUAAAUAUGGCAGGAAUGUGUUGACCGCAGUCAAAGGGAUGUAUGUAUCUACAGACCUCAAUAAAAGAGCCAGUUGCCUUGUUUUCUGAACUGAAACAUCACCUCCUGAUGCCACACUGAAACAUUAAACUUUGUUUCUUGUCAUAAUGAAACUGUUAAUAUUUUUUAAUCAUGUACAGUCGAGGGUUCAAUGAGAAAAUGUAUUUGCUGUUUUAAUAAAAGGAACUAUGUCACGUGGUAGCCCAGAAUAAACGACUAUAUUUGAAUGACUUUUAA